AGAAACCAGUGUAUGCAAAACUACUCACUGCACAUAUUGGGGUUUUCCACAUAGUAAUCGUUGUAUCGUACAAAACCCAGUGAGCAAGAAACGUACACUUAAAAACAGGGUCAGCUCUGCCACAAACGAAGCAUCAAACUAAGAGAAGAAAGAAAAACAAGAGAGGACCGGAGUCCGGACCCCCUACCUUCCCUAAAAUCAAGCUACUGUUCUUUUCCCACCGUACUUGGCUGAAAGAUUGAUUCUUUAGUUACUUAGCUGAAAGAUUGAUUCUUUAGUUGCUUGAUUUGAUUCCUUGUUCCGCGUUCUACGGGUACUUUUAGUUGUUGGAUCUGAUUAAUGGUUUAGGGUUUUCUUUGUCAUGCAAAAAACAAGAGGAACCCAUGUCUUGAUUGUUUGAUUCAUGAGAUAAAAGAUAAGGUUUUCUACCUUUUCUGCGAUUCUUCAUUGGAGAUCUGUCUUUCAAUCUAUACUACAAAAGGGAAAAACAUGGCGGCUAAUCGGUGGUGGACUGGGAAUGUGGCAAUGGGAGGCGUCGGCUCGAUGUCUCCGACCCCAUCGCUUCACCUUAGAAACCCAUCGGAAGAUCACCAAAUCGCAGCUCUUAGAGCUAAUGUUAGCCCUUCGAAUGAAGAUCAUCAAGAGGAUAAUGAAGAUAUCCGGGAUAAUAUCGAACCCGAAACCGUUGAGCUUGGUUCUGGUUCUGGUUCGGGUUCGGCCUCACGCCGCCCUCGGGGUAGGCCGCCUGGUUCGAAGAACAAACCAAAGCCUCCGGUUGUUAUCACUAAAGAAAGCCCUAACUCUCUCCGUAGCCAUGUGUUUGAGAUCGCCAACAGCAGCGACGUUGCCGAGUGUAUCGGCAAUUUUGCUCAACGUCACCGCUGCGGCGUCUCGGUUUUGAGUGGGAGCGGUGUUGUCACCAAUGUUACACUCCGCCAACCGGCUGCCCCUAGUGGGGUGAUCACUUUACAUGGAAGAUUCGAGAUUUUAUCUUUAUCGGGUGUGUUUUUGCCCACACCGUCUUCCCCGGGAGCGACAGGACUGACGGUGUAUUUAGCCGGAGGACAAGGCCAGGUUGUCGGAGGGAAUGUGGUCGGGGCACUGGAAGCAUCCGGACCGGUUAUGGUUAUUGCGGCGACGUUUACUAAUGCCGUUUACGAAAGGUUGCCUAUAGAGGAUGAAAAUAGUGGCGGUGGAGGAGGAGAAGGCGGUGACCGCGGCGACAAUAACAAUAACAUCAACAACAACAAUAACAAUAGUAGUAACGAUGGUGGCGAUGUAAAUUCAGGGUCUCAAUUUCAAGUUAUGAGCCAAGAUCAUCCCCAAGGUGGUUCCAUGCCUAUCUAUAACCUGCCUCCUAAUAUGGUGCCUAAUGGACAAAUGCCUCAUGACUUGUUUUGGGGUAAUCAGCCUCGUCCGCCAUUUUGUUAACCGGAAACAGCUACGGAUCGAAUACGAUGACCGGGUUUUGGUACAAAACAAGUUGUGGGUUUUAUUUUUGUUCAUGUAAGAGUAGUAACAAAGGUAGGGCUUUUUCUUUUACAAUGUUCAUAGUUUCUAAUCUUUCUGAAUUUA